UCCAUCUUCUUCCCCGCACCUCCCCUCGCGUCCACCGCCUGCCGCCCGCGCCUCACCCUCCCCGCGUGCCCCUCGCCCGCGGCGCCCUCAGCCGUGCGUGCGAACGUGCCGCGCCCGCCGCCGGUCUGCCCUCUCGCCCGUUCGCUCGCAGCAUCAGCAGUUCAGGCGCGGCGAGCAGGGGGAAGAAGCAGCCAGCCUCACUAGCCCAGUCGGCAGUCGCCAUGGGCAUCGGCUACGUAGUGGGCGUUAUCGGCGGCGCCAUCCUCGCCCACGCCGCUUACGCCACCAUCCAGUACCGCUCAGUGCUCAAGAUCACGGAGGAGGAGUUCUCGCGGCCGCCCAUGGAUGUGAUGAUGGAGUUGCUCUUAGGGUUGGCCUUGUGCAUGUGGGCUGGUCUUGCUGUUCCAGCAAAAUUUCUCUCGGUGCUCCCACAUUCUGAGGAGAAUAGGAUCGUCUCACUCCCGGCUAACCUGGAUUUCAUGAUCUUCAACCACCGCGGAAGAGCGCUGCCGUCAGACUCAGACCUGAAACUCAAGAUAUAGACAUGUCGUUCCAGAAUCCAGAUCUUGUUUUUUACUUACUUGUAACCUGGAGGAGGUUCCAGUUUUGUGCCCAUUUGUUUAGGGGGGAAAAGAACUUUUCCUGAAUUUGGACCACAAAUAGCUUAUCUAUGCUGUAACUGAGAAUUUGUGGCACUUAAUUUCUACAAUCUGUAUGGAUGUGAUUCAAGCUUCUGUUGUAGUCUGAGCAGAUCAAUCAUGUGACUAAUAAGUAGCUUUGUUACCCUUGCUGAUAUUCCAA